AUGGUGGAUCUGCGUUGGGCGACCGCCGCUGCUCUGGCAGUGCUGGGGCUUGUGCUGCUCUUCUUCCAUGUGACGUACAGCUUCGCUGUCUUCGCCAUGUCUCUCUACGUUGCUUGCAACUUAGGGCUGCGAACCCAAUCUUCCCCCGCUCCCCUGAAGCUGCGGGUGUUUCAGGCGGCUGCAAUCUGGCUGUGCACUUCUCUCGUCACCGCCAGUCCCUGGCUCUUCCUGGGAGGAAUGCAAGGUUGCCGGGAGUUCGAUCCAAAGAUGAAGACCUCGUAUGGCUAUGCUUUUGAUCAGGUUUGGACGCUGCUCUACUUUCGACACGGGCUGAACUGGUCCAUGACUCUUGCUGCCACCUAUCUCGUUCUGGCAGAUCAUCCACCCUCCACCUACAUUCGGGACUGCUUGAGGUGUUUCCUCUACUUUUAUGGAGCCUCAAUCGUCGCGACGCUUGCAACCACGUGGGUGGCCUGCAGAGGUACGGAUGAGAAUGAGGACGGUAUCAGGGAUAGCAUGUUUGACGAGUGGUAUCCAAUGAACACGUCAGUCGUCGGGGCACUGCAAGCCUCCUCAAGAGUCGGCCUCAUCCUCGCCGGCCUAUGGUUUGUUCGUAUCAUGGUCAAGAAGAUCCGGGCGCUUGAAGAGGCCUUUGGCGAGCCUUUGCCUUACUCUGCGGCCAUCGUGCGGCUGUCUUCUCUGCUGGCUUGCGCCUUCUGUGGGUUUUUCUUCUUGCAGGUGUCCCGUCUGGCAACGUUCCUGGGUGGUCUGGCUGGAUGUCUGGCCUUGUCUGUUCUGACUGUGCUGAAGCUUUUGGCACUUCGAGUGCCACUUAGGGCUUUGCAAUCCAGCAGAUCUUGCGGCGGGGGGCAGUGGACGAUGAAGGUGGACCGUGCCGUCGCUGCUUUGUGGCGACUUCAAGUCGCGAUGUCGAUGGGCAACUCCUGCAUCAUUCUCUUCGUGGUGACUAUGGGCUACAGCUUCUGGUCCCAGAGCUACGAGGCAGCCACUAUACAGGACUACAGCUCCUGGCUCGGCGCCGCGGGAAGUUCCGCUUGCCUGGUGCUUCUGACCAGCGGCUCGCUUCGUCUUCCCAGGCAGCGCGGGCGCGGCCCGCCUGGAACGCAGCCCCUGGAAGAGGCGCCUCAGAUUCAGGAGAGGGUGCUUCACUGCACCUGCGAUACGAGAUGGUCUCUCCGUGACAUGAGACAGAGCCUGUCGCACGUACCCCGACUCUCGUCGCUGUCCAAGCGCGCGUCCGCAAGGACCGGCUGCGAAAGAUGCGCCUGGGAGCACAAGGUGCAGGAGCUCGCGAGCCGCCGCAUCUCCGCAGAGCAGCUCCUGGACUUCUUUGCCAGGCUGAGAUGUGCGAGCGAGGGGGAGGUCAGGCAGAUGCUUCACUUUGACCCCGCGCGGUCCACUACCAACGACGUGGUCCGCCACGCCAUCAUUCCCUUGUCGCGGUGUGGUGACGUGGGAAGGUCACUGGCCGAGGUUCUGCAGGCCUCGCCCUCCCGAUCUGGCUGCCUGGGCUCAACAACAACGGUGCGUAUGGUGACGCACCACUGGGCGAACCGGUUCAGGGACCUGGUGGCGGCGGUAGUUGCAGAUAGCCUGGGGCUGCAGUGCUGGGAUAGCGUUGCUGAACAGCUGUCAGCUGGUAAGGAGAAGAAGUUGAGGGAGAGGCUCUACGAGCAGGGCUCAUGGCACUGGGAGUACUGGAUCUGUGCCUUCUGCAUCAACCAGCAUGCUAGCAUUUGUCAGACUUCCAUGGGCGCCCGUGACACGGUAACUGGCGAGGUAUUGCCGACUUGCGACUGCUCCACGCCAAAGUACUUGAAUGAUUUCCCAAUCCAGUGCGAGCUCAAUAAGUUUGACAGCAUGAUGGCACACCUUCACCGCCACUGCCGGCACGGAUUCCUGCAAGUGCUGGCAAUCGACCGCGACUUCCACCUCUUUUCGCGGGCUUGGUGCAUCGCAGAGCUGGUACAGGCGCACGCCAGCCAGAUGGAUCAGCACGUCGUCCUCCACUCCCACGAGACCCUCAAGCAGCAUUCGGGGCAGCUGCGCUCCCUGCGGGUGGAGGAUUGCUCGGCUUCCCGGCCGGAGGACAAGGAGGCGAUCCUGGCCAAGAUCGGCCAUGGCCCAGAAAUUGCGGAGUUCAACAGCCGCCUGCAGCAGCUCCUCCUGGGCUCCGAGGGCCUCUUUGCGGGUUGGACGAACGGUGAGACGCUCCUCCUCGACAUCGGCUCCAUUGCGGCCCGGGCGAAAGUGCGUCGCGAGACCCGCCCAAGGAUCCCAGACACAGAAUAG